CUUAUCGAGUUUGUGUUGUGAAGUGCACAUUGAUAACUAACAUGCAGAUGCUGAUACUGUUGGCGUUUGUGGGCACUUCGUUAGCCGCCCCAAUCGACUACUUCCAUGGUGGGGUGUCAUAUGCAUCACCGUAUGCAGUGCACGCUCCUCUGACGGUCCACGCUGCUCCUGUGGCUGUCCACGCGGCUCCCCUGGUAGCACACACCCCAGUCGCGGUUCAUACGGAAACUGUAAGCUAUCCAAAGUACGCGUUCAACUACGGUGUCAAGGACCUUCACACCGGCGACAUCAAGUCUCAGCAGGAGCAAAGGGACGGUGAUGUCGUCAAAGGCAGUUAUUCACUAGUGGAACCGGACGGCACGACCCGCACAGUGCACUAUACAGCCGAUGACCACACCGGAUUCAACGCUGUUGUACAGAAAUCGGGACAUGCUGCACAUCCGGUCGUCGCUCAUGUAGCACCUGUAGCCCAUGUCGCAGCUGCUCCGGCAUACACAAUCCCACACUACGGCUUCCACUAAACAACUUGAAUACUACAAAUCUGCUUACCAUCGAAUAUUCUUAGGGCUGGAAUCUAUCAAUGUAUCAACUAGUUCGAACUUUGGUCAUUAACCACAUGUUUGUACAAGUCAGAAUAAAUACAGGCUAGUUCUAGUCUUUAACUCUAGCAAUAACUGUUAGUUGUAAAACUUAAAGUAAAAGACUACGGUCUAAAUUAAAUAGGAACAUAUUAUAUUACGUAGAACAUAUAUAGACGUUUAUUAAGCAUCUUAAAAGUACAAGUUUCUUAUAUUUUUCUGUUACAUAUUGUAUUCAGAUUGCGAAAUGUAUUUUUUUUUUAUUUGCAGGGAUUAUGAUCUCAGCGUUUGUAUCAUUGAAUUGGUUUAAAAUAUUAUGUUAUAUUUGUAAGCGAAAUAAAUAAACUAUAUUUAAUAUAUGAAGUUUAAUGAGAAA